AUGGAAGACCGUUUGGCGCAAGUGCCCCCAGUGGACACCUUUCGACUUUCUGACGAGGCACUAGAGUUCCUCUCUAAGAGCUGGAAGGAUUCAUACCAGCUCGAGCAGAAGAAGCCGACGGAGGUCACGCGCGAGUUCACCACUUCCGUCGAUGACCAGACCCACAAAAUCCACGCCCAACCAGACCGAUACCAGGACAAACUUCGAAAGGGUCAACAACAGCGUGCCUUAAUUGAAAUUGGCGAGGGUCACGGCCCGGGGCGGGGCUUCACUGUCAAUGGUCAGGUUGCCAAGUCUCAGGGUCGCGCCGCCCAACUCGCUACUGGCACCACCAAUCUCAGCCUCGCUGGCAAGAUCAUCGGCACAAUCAAGAUCAUUGGCCGUGAUGACCCUACCCAGGCUGAGACCCAGCGUGCUCAGAAGGUUCUUGAGAUCCUCCAAGGUCUCAUCAACCUCGAGCACGAGAACCCAUGGGUCCAGCUUAUUUUCUAUUCCUCUCCAAAGGAUGACUUCCAAUGGCCCCCUAGCUGGACGGAGGAAAUGAAGGAUGCAGUUCCUGUCAAAUUCCGGGCUGACCAUGUCAGUCGUCCCCUUAAUUCAUCCCAGACCAAAGCUGUGAAGCAGAUGCUCCAGCAGUUGGAUGAUGAACGAGUUACUAUCAUCCAGGGACCCCCUGGAACUGGUAAGACCACUGUUAUUGCCUCUUUUGUUCAGACUGCCAUUGCCGGUGGACUCUCUGGCAUCUGGCUUGUUGCUCAGUCCAAUGUUGCUGUCAAGAACAUUGCCGAGAAACUAGCUGACUUUGGCUUGACUAAAUGGAAGCUUCUUGUCUCAAAGGAGUUUUUUGAAUAUUGGCAUGAGCACCUCUAUGCUAGGAUUCGGGCGAAUAUCAUUAUCUCCGAGGACUUUGCCACACCAGGUUUGCUUCAAAAGCACCUCUACAACUGUCCGGUUAUCCUCUGUACCCUUUCCAUGCUCUCAUCUUACAUGUUUCGAAAGAAUGGAGGUUUUAUUGCUGCACCCCUGAGGAUGCUUGUCAUUGAUGAAGCAUCUCAAAUUGAGAUUGGUGACUACAUUCCUCUCUUUACCUCCCACACCACCAUUAGAAAGGUUUGUUUUAUUGGUGAUGACAAACAAUUGCCACCCUAUGGUCAGGAGGAUAUCCAGGACCUCAAGAGCAUCUUUGAGGUCAAGCAUCUCAAGGAUCACGCAAUAUUCCUCAAUACCCAAUACAGGAUGCCCCCUCAAAUUGGGGGGUUCAUCUCUGCUGCUAUAUAUGAUAGCCUACUGGAGUCAAACCCACAACACCCCAUCACAAAUGAGAGGAUGGCUUGUCAUUUUAUCAACAUUCCCAGCGAGGAACAGCCCCAUGGAACUAGCUGGAAGAACCUUGGAGAGUGCCAAACUAUCAUCUGCAUUGCUACCAUGUUGCAAGCGAAGAAGAAGCACUUCCGGAUCAUCACACCUUAUGAUGCUCAGCGGAGCACAAUCGAAGAUGGGUUGAAAGCCCAUGAGCUCGAUUGGGAGAAUAAGUGUUUCAAUGUUGACUCGUUUCAAGGUUUGUCUAGUGACACAAAUUGUGACCAUCACACUUACUGUUCGUGGUUCAUUCACGGCAGGUAA